GAUGACCGUGAGGAAGUUUUUCAGGGAGGUGGUAGUGAAUGACUUGACGGCCCGUUGUAAAUAAAACGGAUUCGCGCAGACGUAAUUGCGCAAGGAUGGCAGACGCAGCCUUUCUAGAGGACACGCUGCCAGAAGAAGAGAGGGAGUUUCAGAAGAUUAUAGCUUUGAUCGGCGGUAAAGAGAGGAUUUAUUUGGUGAGUGAUACGUGUAAAAGUAAAGAGGUGGACGGGGAUGACGCUGGAAUACUGCAGGAGUUCAUCCGUGACAUGUUUCACACCAGCAGCCCGGUGGACAACAACGAACAAACCUCUCCGUUAAGCAGUCACAACGAUACCGCAAGUGCAAGCCCCAUUUGCUGCAAGACCGAGACUGUCAAAAGCAAUGAAAUACCACCAAUAGCGAGGCCCACUAAUUUGGAUUUGAAAGCCUGUCCGGUGGAAGAGGACUGGGAGAAGGAGAAGCGGCCAACACGCAAUGACAAUGCUCAAAGAAUAGCAACGAGGAGGGCAAACAGCGCAAAGCGAACUAUAGACUCUCCUAUCAUCAUAUUCAUCUUCCGACAGACAUUUCUCCACAAAACUUCCAACGAACUGUGCUUAAAAGAGACGUUGAAGGACGUAAAGGCACGCACGAAACGUUCCAGAAUCGCCCGACCAGCUCUGAUUGGAUUAAUACGCACCAGACAGGAGAGCGCCGAGACGCAUCAGUGUGAGCAACUCCUGGAGCGUCUGAUUAGCUCAGUAUUCCACAAACAAUCACCAGAGACAAUAUGGGUCGGCUGUUUCAUUCCGAAGACGGAGGCCAAAAUGCUCAGCAUCAAGAAAAAUGCCUGCAAAGUUAUACACGCAUCUCAAACAGCAGAUAAUACCAGGGAUAGAGGGAACCCGCUUUGCUGGCCAUUCCAAUGUUUGUUCUGGGCUCAGAGAAGAGGUCAGGCCAACAACUCUUCAACUGGCAGGCAAAGAGAUGACACAAGUAAAGAGGAAGGCAUCCCUCUGAAAACCAAUUCCUUGUCUGCUGGAACUCAUGUGGAUGGUGGAGACAGCUGAUGCCAUGACACAUGAACUGUUGCUGCAGGCAUAUCUCUGCAGACAAUCCUGUUUUAACUGUGAAGAAAAAGUUGUUGUGCCUCGUGGUGCUUAAGAGCCUUACUACAUGUAACCGUGUUUCUUCAUAGUGUUCAAUAUUACCACUGCUGAGCCAUCAUGAUUUUAUCCUGAAGCAAUAUGUUGCUAAAUACCUUGUCAUCUUGCUGAUUUACACAUUGUCUUUGAUGUACAAUGGUUAUUCAUAAAGGGAUUUACUGUGUAUGUUUGGGGCUGAUUCAAGUAACUGUUAUAACAAGUAUCAUUAAUUCAUAUGAAUUAUAUCAAAUCAUUUAACACCUUUUUUUUAAGCCUAGAUAUAGAUUUGUCUGUUAUUUUAUUACAUGUUUAAACUGCAGUACGGCUAGGCUAAAGUACUCCUUUAACCCUUGUGUUAUCUUCCUGUCAACCAUGCAACUUUGUGUUUUUCUGGGUCGAAA